GCGGGCGCGACACGCCGCGCACUUACCGCUUACCGCUUACCGCGCUUACCACUUGCCGCACUUACCCGGUAAGCGUACUUACCCGCCGCCGACCCGCGCCCGACUGAUUCCAAAUUUGAAAACGAUGAGAUCAAAAGCCGUAGCUAGGAGGUUCCACAACAAAGAAAAUGGAGUCGCAGUGGAAAAUGAGGAUCCAUCAUCAAACAAUGCAGCAGAUAGCCAGGAGUCUGGCAGUCCACCUACAAGCCCUGCCUACUCCGCCACAUCGGAGUCCGCGCCCACCCUAGUCCACAUCAAGCAGGAGACCAUGCCUCCUGGAUCAGACCUGAAAGAGUACUACGCGGCCUUGGACUUUGGGCUGCCGGACGCGUACUUGCCAAAUAAAUUCGACUAUGGCAGGAACUUCGAGCUGCCACAGUUCGAGAUGUUCCAAGAAGAGGAACUGAAGGAAUUGAUCCCUAAUGAGCUGAUGCUGAAGUCUGGGGGGAUCUUCGCAAGAGUGAACAUUCCAAGUGGGACGAAGUAUGGACCGUUCAACGGGAAGUGGGAGACGCAGCCGUUGGAUAGGAGAUUCGCGUGGGAGGUGCUUGGGAAAAAAGGUGUCCGUUGCUGGCUGGACGGCACCACAGACAAGACCAACUGGCUCAAAAUUGUCCGGUCUACCAACUUCCCCCAAGAUGUCAACGUGCAGCACUUACUACUUGGUGGACAAAUCUGGUACCAGGUGAGCCGCGACGUGCCGUCAGGACAAGAGCUGCUGCUGGGACCGCGGACGCCGCUGCCGCUGCAGGACGUCUUCGCUGCUGGUGGUCGCGAGAACUCCACCGUCACCGCCAGCGUGCCCAAGCACGACGAAGAAGAGAGAGAGGAUACGGAACCUCGUUGCUCCUUCUGCGACGCGCCUUUCCCGAAUAUUGACGCUCUCGACCGCCACCUCAUCCAAGCGCACGGCCAGCCGGCUUCGGCUUUCCACUGUGAGCUGUGCAACCGAGCCUACUCCUCCCGAGCCCUGCUGCUGCGGCACCGAGCACUCACACACACAGACAUCAGGAAAUACCCCUGCGAGAACUGCCCUAAGGUAUUUACCGAUCCUUCCAACCUGCAGCGCCACAUCCGCGCCGCGCACGUGGGCGCUCGCAGCCACGCCUGUCCCGAGUGCGGCAAGACCUUCGCCACUUCCUCCGGCCUCAAGCAGCACACUCAUAUCCACUCCAGCGUCAAGCCGUUCCAGUGUAAAGUCUGCUUCAAGGCGUACACACAGUUCUCGAACCUGUGUCGUCACAAGCGCAUGCACGUCGCGUGCCGAGCCCUCGUCGAGUGCGGGAAAUGCGGGCAAUCCUUCAACUCCUACGCGUCGCUGACUAAACACAAGAGAUUUUGUGAUACCGCCGCCGCGGCUAACGUAAAUCUUCGCGGGCAGCUGCCCCAAGGACUUUCACAAAUACCACCGCUGCCUAACGUGAUGAAUACCCCGAACAACACACCUCCUUUCCCGAUGUAUAGACCUGGUCUACAUCUACCCUACAACAGUUUCGCUCAUCACUACCCGGCGCUGUUCUCCGCGGCCGCUGCAGCGUGCCCCCCAGAAUUCUUGAGCCCCCUGUUGUUCAAUGUGCAGGGUGCAAGGCUCGCCAUGGAACACGACAUGGCCAUGAACGCUAAUUUGAUUUCGAAAAUGUCUGGCAACAAAAUGAUGGACACGUCUUUCGAAGAUAAGAAGAGCACGGAUGUGGACGUCGACAGCGUUAAGUCUGACAGCUACGAGGGUAGAAUCACGCCUAAGCCUCAAAGUCUCUAUGUAAAACAGUCACCACCUUCCGCCGAGGAAGCGUCGUCUCAACAGCGUCCAUCGCCUGUCAUGCCGCUGUCCACCUCUAUAUCCUCGUUUAAUUUGAAAAAUGAGGAGGCUAACCACUCUCCUUUCAAUUUGUCACUAAAACUCAACAACAACGAAAUUCCUUCGAAAGAGGACGAAGCAGCGGCGUCACCGAAAGAUCUGUCCAAGAGCUACAGCAGUGAAACUGAAAAGAAGUCCACCUACUCGGACGACGAGCAGGAAGACAAAAAGGAGCAAAACGAUCAGCCGUUGGACUUGUCCGUCACAAAAAAGCAGUGCGACAAGGAGUCCGACGUGGAAUACGACGAUCAUUCCUUUCGUAACUCCUCGGUCAAAUCGUAUUCGCCACCGGAGAGCCCUCUAGAGCGGGACAACAAGACUCCAGAGAACGAGACGACCGAUGUCGACGUUGAAGCCGUCGAACCGAAGAGGGACGAUUCUCCGGACCAGCUCGUGUCACCAUCGCUCGCGUUUCCGAUGCCCGUUCAUCCGCAACACAACAACAGCCUCAUCGAGGCGAUGUACCGACCUCGAUUUCCCACAUUUCACAGCCACUCAACGGACUCCAUUCUGAACUCGUCCCACUCCCCCUACGUCCCGAGCCCGUUUAAUUUUUUAUCCCCUCUACUCGGCACUGACGGUCCCGACAGACAAACGAACGCGUACGCGAAGUUUCGCGAGCUCAGUGCCGGGUCGGGGAAGCUGCGGGACCGCUACGCCUGCAAGUUUUGCGGCAAGGUAUUCCCCCGGAGCGCGAAUCUGACGAGACACCUGCGAACUCACACGGGCGAGCAGCCCUACAAAUGUAAGUACUGCGAGCGCUCCUUCUCCAUAUCCUCGAACCUGCAGCGCCACGUGCGCAACAUCCACAACAAGGAGCGGCCGUUCCGCUGUCCGCUCUGCGACCGCUGCUUCGGCCAGCAGACGAACUUGGACCGGCAUCUAAAGAAGCACGAGGCGGAGGGCGGGGAUUCCCCGAGCUCUGCGGAUACGGAGCAGGACGCUUGCUUCGAUGACAUCCGCUCGUUCAUGGGGAAGGUGACAUGUUCGCCGGGGAGCCGGACUCCCCCCGCCAGCUCCCCCGUGGCGCUACCGCACCCCCCCACUCACCCAGCCCACCCCGCUCACCCCUCCCACAGACCCUCACUAGCCAUCACCACAUAGCCCUCAGUCUACCCCCUCCCUCCGCCUCCGCCUCUAUGGCCCCAUUCGUUUGAAUGACGUUCACAAUUUUAGAAUUUUUAAGGCAAAAAUAUGGCUAGUUUAUACACCUGUGCUCAUAAUAAUAAGCACUUAAGUAUUAAAAUAAUAUAGGUCUACGUAAAGUUUAUAUCGAUUAAAUAUUUGUAAAUAUAAUUUGACACUACUUAAAAUUCUUAGAUCUCUAAACAUUUUAUUAUUUGUUAUAAAUCUUUUGAUGAUCUACGUUGUAUUUUUAUAGUAUAGUCCGAGAGCGAGCACACUUGCUGCAAGACGCAGUUUUUUACGUCGCAAAGUGAAAUAACUGUAAUCUAAAAAUAAUUACAACUUAUUUCAAAAACUAAUAUUAACCUCUAUCAUAGUACGUCUAUCAAAUACACGGUAAUUAAGAGUCUCUGUUAUUCCGUUUCAACACUAUCUUUUCACAAACUCAAAAUCUUUGAAACCACUUUUGUAUUUCUUAAAUUACGUACUUAAAAGAUACUUUUUAAGUGUAGACUUAAUUUGGAUGGAAGCGCUCAUAGUUAUAAGAUUACAUGACAACGUUAUAUAUAAAUAAAUUAAUUAUAUUGUAUAAUAAAAAUCAACUAUUAGACUAAGUAUUUACGCGUUCCUAGAUAUAAUUGUGAUGGAAGUGAAGUCUAUGUCGGUUUCUGCACGUAGGUAGAAAAAUUGUAAAAAUAGCGUCAAUGUUAUAUCGCUGUAAGUUAUUAGAUAAACUCAAUUGGCAAACCUUUAGUCAAAAAUCACCAAAGCAAUUUUAGAUAUUUUAGGGUGGGGUUUUUGGAAAUUCGGGUAAAAAUUAAUAUAAUAUUUGGCAUUAUAAUAUAUCAUUUAAAAUGUUUUGUUGAUUGUUGUUUAGAUAUUGUAAAUAAUUAAGCAUAUCAUGUAUCUUUAAGCUAUAUUGAUUUAUUAUAAGUCCAGUAAUAGCGUAAGUUUUCGAGUUUCAGUAUAAGAUAUGCAAGUUAUUGUAAAUCUAAGCAUCUACAGCUACAUACUAAAGAUAUCGUUCGAUUUAAGACCACAGCGUUUGUGAGCAAUUGAAAAUCAAUUUAAUUGUAAUUAAACUAUUUAUUACGAAAUAACAAAAUUA